AUGAAGAUUCUUUCAAUCGCAAUUCUAUCUACAUUCGCUGUCGUCGUGACCGCGAGUUGUAAAAAUGACGGCAUCAACGGAUAUAUUUGUGACCCAAACCAAGAUGAGCCUUGGGUAUGGAGGUGUACGACGGACGCUGGGCCAGCAGGAAACGACUGCUCUUUGAAAUCGGAAAAGGACAAGAUCUACUGCGUCCUUGAGUGCGGCAUACCCCCCAAAACCUAUCCAUUGUAA